AUGAGUUGCUUAGCAUGGAACUGUCGUGGGCUUGGGAACCUACGUACAGUGAGAGAGCUCGGGGAGAUAGUUCGGGCAAAAGAUCCCUCUUUAGUGUUCUUAGCCGAGACACUAACAGAUGAAGCAAGGCUAGAAUUUGUUCAAGGUAGUUUAGGGUUUGAUCAUAGAUGGGUGGUUCCGAGAGUGGGUAGAAGUGGUGGAUUGGUUCUUUUUUGGAAGGCUUCGGUGAAACUAACGGUGGUGGGAUCAUGCAAAAACUAUAUUGAUGGUUUUGUCGAUAAAGGUGAAGAGAGUGAGUGGAGGUUAACGGGGUUUUAUGGUGAGCCAGAAACGGCUAACAGAAUUGAGGCAUGGAACAAACUUAGGUGUCUUAAUUCCUACCCAACUUGUCCAUGGUUGUGUUUGGGCGACUUCAAUGAAAUUGUCAGACAAGAUGAAAAGGUGGGGGGUGCUUUAAGGUCUCAUAAUCAAAUGCAGCUUUUUAGAGACGUUCUGGAUGAGUGUGGCUUUAUGGACUUGGGAUUUGUGGGUCCAAAAUUCACUUGGGCAAGACACUAUGAAGACGGUAGUUCUAUUUGGGAAAGAUUGGAUAGAGGUUUGGCCACAAAUAAUUGGUUCCUUAAAUUUCCAGGAUCGAGGGUACAUCACUUGCAUUGUGAUUCCUCCGAUCACCAACCCAUCCUUGUUGUCUUUUCGGGUUUGGAACAUCCUAGGAGGAAGAAACCUUUUAGAUUCGAGGAGAUGUGGCUUUCUAACACUAGUUGUGAAGAGGUUGUCAAAGCCGCUUGGUAUUGA